AUGGCACAAUUGGAUAUCUCGGAUGCGCUGAACAAGUACGGCACGCUCUUUACAGAAAACAAAGCAGCAUCUAUCAUCGCUAUCGUCGUUCUUCUUGCUAUCUCUUAUUACUCUCUCCCCGGUUCUACGAAAGAAAAGCACCUACCCGUAUGGCUGCCUCUUGAGAUUGGCGCCGCUAGUUACCUGAUAUCUUCCGGUGGACUGGGCCUGUCCAUCUACUCCUCACUUCGAAAAUACGGUGGCUCUUUAUUUGGGUUGACCUCUCAGCAUCAGGUCAUUCACGGCUUACCAUCUUUGGAUAAGUUCUUAUCUCAAGGAUCUCACAUCCUCGAUGGCUUUCCUCGUGACUGGGCGUUGAGUACCAAAGUCUUUGGGGCGCAUAGUACUGCCGAUGUGAAAGAAACGCUCCAUACUGUGCUUCACCGCAUGAAUGCACUUACGGAACGGCUGUUCGUGAAUGAGGCCAACGCCACUGCGGCGGUGGAAGCUUGCGAUAUUCCUGGCAAUGCCGCUUCGCUCGUUACCUUCUCCUCCAAACCAGAAAAUCUGGCACGAUGGGAGAGAUCUGCAAAUGUAAAACUGAUCGAUAGCCAGACCGUCGAAGCGGACAUGCUUCAUUUGGUGCGCGACUUUGGGGCUUGCAUGUCUAUUCCUCAACUCUAUGGUCGGCAUUUCCUGGAGCGCGAGCAAACAGUACUUGAUGAUCUCUGGAUCUUUGAUAACGAUCUUUUUCCAUUAAUGAUGGUUGGAAUUCCGCAGUGGGUUCCAUUCAAGAUGAUUAAAGACGGUGUAGCUGCUCGUUCGAGGCUGCAUAAAUCAUUGGAAGGAGUCUACAGGCGUGCCGACCAAUACCUAAAAGGCGAGCCUGUCGACGACGAUACUGAUAUGUCGGACAUCAGUAGUGUCAUUCGUGGACGAGUGAAAUUGUACGACGAGAAUGGAUUGACAAUGGAUUAUCGUGGCCAGUUGGAAUUAGGAAAUUUAUGGGGUCAAAACGCCAAUACCCAGCCUAUGGUGUUUUGGUUCUUACUAUUUAUCUACUCCACACCUGGUCUUGUAGAACAGCUUCGCAAGGAAAUAUCAUCGCACGUCACCGUUACCGACUCAAAAAUCACCUCAUUCGACUUACAAGGCAUUACGCGAUGUGCCUUACUCAAAGGAUCGGUUUAUGAAACAUUCAGAAUGGUGGAUGAGCCGACAUCUAUUCGGUAUGUUCGGAAACCAAUCACUUUGUCGGACGGUCAGUAUACCCACAAUCUGAAAGAAGGCACUUGGAUAUCCGCCGCGCAUGCGAUUGCCAACAAGGACGCUGCAAACUACCCGGAGCCUCACAAGUUCGUGCCUGAUCGAUUUCUGGAGAUAGAUGAGAAUGGAGCCAGGACUGCUCGCUAUGGAAAGUUACGACCCUGGGGCGGUGGUGCGGGGAUUUGUAAAGGGAGAACGUUUGCGGAGAAGGAGAUCAUCGCUAUUGGUGCGGCGGUCAUUAGUCUGUGGGAUAUAUCUCCUGUUGGAAAAGAAUGGGUUAUUCCUCCUAUGCGUCCGGGCACGGGUACUAUGCAGCCUGUGAGCGAUGUCAGGGUGAGGAUAAGUCGGAGGGAAGUCCAUUGA